AUGUCCCCAUAUGUUCUGAUCUUCGGAAAAGCUUGUCAUUUGCCUCUCAAGUUGGAACACAAGGCAAUGUGGGCAAGCAAGAAGCUGAACUUUGAUCUGUCAAGUGCGGGGGAAGUCUGGAAGUUACAAUUGAACGAGUUGGUCAAGUGGCGAAUGAAUGCCUACGAAAAUGCCAAGCUUUAUAAGGAGCAAACUAAGAAGUGGCAUGACGAUCGCAUAAGCAAUCGGACAUUCUUCGAGGAUCAACAGGUACUUCUGUUUAACGCAUGUUUGCGAUUGUUUCCAAGGAAGUUGAAGUCCCGCUGGUCUGGGCCAUUCCACAUCAAGACUAUCUUUCCACAUGGCGCAGUGGAACUAACAACUGAAGAUGGAAGCAACACAUUUAAAGUAAAUGGUCAACGAAUUAAGCCCUACUAUGGGGGCAAUGUGGAACGACGCAUGGAGACCAUCAACUUAGGCAAGUAG